AUGUCACAACCCGCCUCACCCAGGGCUGGACCUAGUCUCUUCGUCGGCAUCCCGUGGGUCCUCUUCCUCUGGGGCACCGGCAUCCGCAAGCCUCCCAAGAUCGGCCGCCGAGCCGCUCUUCACCUGCGUGCUGUCUCCCUCCCCUUCGCCGUCUACUACGAGGGAGCCUCCUUCGCCUCCCAGUGGGCCGCCUCCACGGCAAAGGUCGGCUCCUUCUGGCUCACCCGCCAGAUGGCCCUCGACGGACUCUACUACUACGUCUCGCUGAUCACGCACUCGAUCGCAAGCACGAUCAAGCGCGUCUGCAUCAUCCUCGCCACCGUCCUCGUCUUCGGCAACAAGCUCACCCCCAUCGGCGCCGCCGGGUCCGCCAUCGCCGUCGCCGGCACCUUCCUCUACUGUAUUCGGUCGCAAAGUCGAAGUACAAGAGAGCAGUUGUGA